GUCUCUGCAGGUUUUGGGAGUUUGAAUCAGAAGUCAUUUCUUCUCUGAUUCAAAUUCCGGCGAAGUAUCCGCAAUGGCGUCGAAUACGUAUCCGUCUCUGCUGCCGGAGAUCGGACCCGACGGCCUUGCUCGCGAGGCCUCCGUCAUUAGCUACACUGAGAAAGUGAUCGAGGAAGAACAGCAUCAGUUGAGAAAAUAUAUAGAAGAAAAUUACUCCAAAAUCCGUGAUGUCGAACGAGAGUUUGCAAAUCUUUCAAUGGAGAUGAAACUCACAGCUGGGCCGAAGAAAUCAGCUCUUGAACACUUGAGGAAGAAAAUAGAGAUGGCGACAGAGAGAAUUCAUUCCGCGAAGCUGAAGGAAGAUCAAGCUAAAAAGGCAUGGGAAGCAGCAGCAAAGGUCGUUAAGGAUGAGGAAGCCAUCAAGCAGAAGCUAUGUGAAGAUUUAAAUAGUCUGGUACAAGAAAGCAGCAAUACUCAGUUUUCAAGACUUGAGGAGUUAAAAAGACGACUUGAAGCUCUGAACCCAACCAGAGCAUCGGCCUCGGUUUGUCUUGAUGGGAACUCAAUGGGAAGUACUCAAAGUGUUGCCACUCUGGACUCCUCUCAAGUUCCUGGUGUAAUUGCUGGUAACAUACCUAAUCAAGGAAAUGCUGGAAAUGUUCCAGUCAUGAAUGGGAACAAUCAACAGCCUCCUGUUGAGGGUGAUGGAAGAGGGAAGAAGAAAAGCCAGUUCCAUGGAAGAGGGAAGGGACUUGGAGCCGCACCCAAGGGGAGAGGACCUCCUGUGCCUGGUUGGACAGGGUCUGGGUUUGAUGUGGAUGGUAGAAAUUAGAAGCAUUGCAUCAGAUUCCCUCAUUGCUGAAGCCAUGGGAUAUCACUUUGCUCAACCUCUGGAUAUAUUCUUUCUUUACUUGGGUUACUUCCUGGGCUCUGUUCUCCUCCCCGUGUGUACUUUUAACUGUCAUUAUCAUUUCCAUACGGGAUGUGGAAUCCAAGCCUUCUCAUUACUUCCUCACACCCCAGUGUAUUUAGCCACUCUUCUCACUAGUCAUGAACUGCGAACAUAUUUUGUUCUGUUGUUCAUUGUUCAUCACUUCAUCCUUGUUAUCAAGUCAUGCAAGUAAUGCAACACGAAAAUCUUAUAUUUUAGGAAUCAUUUCUUAAAGGUCAAGUUAUGUGCUGUCUCCAUGUUCUAUGUAUCAACUACAACAAGCAGUUAAUUCAC